AUGGAUCAUGAACAACCCGCCUCCCUCCAAAGCCCCGCCCCCUUCCCCCUGGGUGGAGGCGGAGGUGUGGUGCGCUUGGAUGUGGCUGUGGACCCCUCCCUCAGUGAUCAGAGACACCAUCAUCCUCCUGUGUCCCCUUUAUCAGUAGGCCGGUAUUUAAGGAUCCGGUCUGUGGACCAGGGUCUUCGCUGGACCUCAUCACCUACAUACAGUAAAGGGUCCACAGAGGGUGGACUAGGCUGGACUCUCUACCCACCCUCGUUCUAUGCUCCUAGCCCCGCCCCCUUCCUGCUGACCGCCGGCACGCGACUAGCCGUGUUUCCACCUGCGGUGUCGGACGGACACACAAACCUCAACCCGGUUCCGACCCGGAUCCCCGUCGUCCAGCCCGAGGUCUCCACUGGUCCACCCUCUGUCCCCCAGAGGGAGUCUCCGCCUGUCCUCCGUCCCCCAGAGGGAGUCUCCGCCUGUCCUCCGUCCCCCAGAGGGAGUCUCCGCCUGUCCUCUGUCUGUGGACUUGAGGUGACCCUGGCUUUACUAGAUGCUGCCAACGAUAAAGACUGUGAGGUCCAGGAGCAGGUCUGUAAGUCCAUGUUGACUCUGGGGAAACGGCAGCCGGAGCGAGUGUUGGCCAUGUGUCAGGAGUACCUGCUGAAGCACCCCAAGCUGGUUGUGGGUCACAGGGUUGUGGUUCUUCAGACCAUGGAGCUGAUUGUUGGCUGCAGGAUCGAGGAUGUCGGUUCUGAACGGAUCAAGAGCAUCAUCUGUUUGGCGUCUGAUGAGAUGACAAGAUCUAAGGACAUCGUCCCUGAUUGGCAGCAGGCGUCCAGUAACAUCCUGGUUGCCGUGGGAAACAAACACAUCAACGACAUCAUGGAGGAGAUACUGAGCAAGUUUCAGCCUGGUGUCCUACCGCACUUCUACGUAGUCCAGACCCUGGCCCAGCUGUCUGAGUCCAAUGUUUAUGGAAUGGUUCCAUUCCUGAAUGCCAUCCUUGGAACCAUGCUGCCCAUGCUGAAUAUGGCCAAACACGACAACAUGAAGUGGGUGUUCUCCUCAGCUCUGGCUCAUUUCAGUGACAGUAUCCUGGAAUACCUGGCCAAUCUGGACAAAGCUCCGGAUCCGACUGUCAGGAAGGACACGUUCUCCAGUGAAAUGUCCGCUGCGUUUGACGUCCUGUUCAACCACUGGUUCCAGAGCAGAGACUCAAAGCUGCGUCUGAUGGUGGCGGAGGCGCUGGGGUCCAUGUGUCACCUGAUGGGCAGCGAGAAACUGGAAGAGCAGAUCCAAAGACUGAUACCAGCCAUCCUGUCCCUGUACAAGAAACACAGCAAUGAGUACUACAUCAUUAGUAAGGUACUAAACAGACACGAGUACUACGUCAUCAGUAAGUACGUCAUCAGUAAGGUACUAAACAGAAAUGAGUACUGCAUCAUCAGUAAGGUACUAAACAGACACGAGUACUACAUCAUCAGUAAGGUACUAAACAGAAACGAGUACUACGUCAUCAGUAAGGUACUAAACAGAAACGAGUACUGCGUCAUCAGUAAGAGUCUGUGCCAGGUGUUGGACGCCUCUGUGUCCAUGAGCAGCCGAGUGUUGGAGACGCAGGUGGACGGACUCAUGUUCGCUCUGCAUCAACAGGUGUCUGCUCCUGUGGAUUACAACAACCCCCCCACUGUGAAGAACCACAACGAGGUCCUGCGCUGCUUCAGUUUGCUGGCCAACGCGUUCCCGGACCGACUGGUCAUGUUCGUCCUCCAGAAGUUGGAGAACAGUAAUGAACGGAGCAGAGUUGGUUCUUUGGCUGUUCUCCGACAUCUCAUCAACUCCACAGAUUCACUGAUGGACAGUAAGAAGCUGCUGAUUCUGGCCAGUAUCAGACAACCCAUGGCCGACCACAGCAACAAGGUGAAGAAGCGUGUGAUCCAGGUGAUCAGUGCGAUGGCUCAUCAUGGUUAUCUGGAGCUGGAGGGAGGAGAGUUACUGGUUCGCUUCAUUGUUCAACACUGCGCCUUACACAACACACUUCAGCGUGGUCCAAGGUCCACAGAUCCAGAGGAAGUGACCAAUGAGGCUCUGAGAACGAUGUGUGACAACAGCCUCCACCUGCUGACCACCACCGUUGGACAACUGGCCCCCGUGCUUUGGCCAAAGUUGUUGUAUUAUCUGACGCCAUCUCAGUUCAGUAACGCCACCACUCCUUUGUGUAAAAGUCUAAUAGUCUUGGGAAAUACCAAGAAACAAAACAAGGACCCCAGUUUUAACAUAGACUUCACACAGGAAGUCAAUCUGCCCUCACCUCAAACACUGAUGAUCAGACUGAUGGUGAAUGCAGCCUUUCCGUUCAACUGCAGAGGACAUGGGGCUCCAUCCCUGUCCCUCCUCCUCGUCCUCAGCACCAACAUCCACCCGAGGACCGAUGGCCUGUGGGACAGAGACAUCCCCCCCCUGGUGGCAGAACUGGAAGAGUCAACAGUACAAACUCUAGAUCAGCAGCAGUGGGAGCAGAAGCUGCUGAAGCUUUUGUCCAAAACUCUGGCGACUGUGGAUGAUGAUCAGUGGGUUUGUCAUUUGGCAGCUGAAGCCACGCGCUACCUCUGCACGUACAACAACGCCUUAGAGGAGAAGAGUUUCCUGUAUCGGUGCAUUGGGGUGACGCUCCAACACUGUUUCAAUAAGGACAUGGUUCAAAAACAGCUCCAUGAACUCCUGGUCGGUGCCCGUCACAACGACGCCGUGGAGCGACAGGGCGUGGCCAUGGGCGUUGGCCUGUGUGCCAACAGCCACCUAGAGGGAACUCUGGCAAAACUGGACGAGUUUGGAAAAUCAGACGCCUUUAAGAAGUCACCGAGCAUCUUCAACCUGCUGAAGGAACGUAAUGAGGUUGAGGUGGAGAAGGUGAAAAGUACUUUAAUACUGUGUUAUGGUCAUGUUGCUCUGAACGCACCUCCAGAGCAGAUCCUGAAGCGCCUUGACCAGGACAUCCUCCGCAGCAUCAGUAAACACUUCAACACUAAGGUUCUGGGGAUUAAAGUAGAGACUAAGGACCUGACAAUGAAGCUGAGUCUGAUCCAGAGCAUUGGCCUCAUCGCCAAAGCCGUGGGCGAGUGUGUGAAGAAACAGGGCUACGUCUUUACGCGGAAACAGGAGCUCAUUAGCAUCAUGCUGGAUUUCAUCAAGGCAGAGGCAGCUGAUUCAUUACGGACUCCAGUGCGCCCUCUGGUGAUGAGCACCUGUGCCAACCUGAUACCUCUGGAUCCUCCUCUGACCGAGAAUGAUGCCUUCGACCUGUUGAAGGUUUGUGUGAACAGUGUGUUUUCUCUGCCGCCGGAGACGCACACACCUGAGAGAACCAAAGACGAUGAUGUCCUGGACCCCAAGCAGAGACAGACGUUGUACACAGACACGUUGGCAUCGCUGCAGCAGCUGUUGAGGAGUUUCCUGUUGAAGGAUCCAAACCCCGAUGGCCUGCAGAACGUCUUCAAGCACAUCGACUCAUGGCUGAGUUCAUCACAUGACCAUCAGAGACAGUGGGCGGUAACGGUUACAGCCGAUGUGUUGAUGUUCUACCUGGACCACCUGACCGUCAAGAACAUGGUGUCCUUCCAUAACCUUGGUGCCCUCCUCGGUCGUCUCUCUCCUCGUUGCUCUGAUCCUUUCUCCUCUGUUUCGUCCGCGGCCGUCAGUUGCAUCCACACUCUGCUUUACAUUCAGCUGCGCUAUGAAGGCUUUGCCCUCGACCAUAAGGAUGAAGGCGUGGACAGUCUGAUUCCUCUGAAGGAACGUCUGGAGAACCCUGACCACUCAGUCCUCUACAAGACCUGCUCAGACCUAACCAAGGUCAUGAGUAAACGUCUUCCUCAGGGACAGAUGUCCACUCUGGUCUUCGUGCUGUUUGAUGGACUGGUGGACAGUCAGUCCAACUGCAGUCGCGCGGCAUCCGUCAUCCUCAACACGCUGCUAAAGAACAGAGGAGGAGGCCUCCAGGAGCUGGUUCCACAGAUGUUGGAGGUUCUCCAUGUGUGUCUUCAGAACAUCACAGAGGAGCAGGUCAGAGUGGCCAUUGGACAGACCGUUCUCAUCCUGGCAUCACAACAUCUGCAGACGGUUCUGACCACAACUAGUGAACCAGCCCCCUACCCUAUGACAGACCCGCUUGUGGCCAGACAGAUUCUGGAGACAGUGAUGGACAAGUUAGUGGUUCUGGGCUCCAUUCGUGGACAGGAAGGAGUGGACAAGUCAGAGGAGAGCCUCUAA